CUACCUCUUGACCACUUUUUACCUAUAAAAGGAUUUCACUAAAGCCACCAUCCUACUCCCCUUCCCACAUUUAACCACAGAGAAGGGAGCAUCGACCUCUCCUUCAUCAGGCCCAAGAUGCCUCUCUUUGGGAAUACGUUCAGUCCCAAGAAGACACCCCCUCGGAAGUCCGCUUCUCUCUCCAACCUGCAUAAUCUGGAUCGGUCAACCCGGGAGGUGGAGCUGGGCCUCGACUACGGAACCCCCACCAUGAACCUGGCGGGGCAAAGCCUGAAGUUUGAAAAUGGCCAGUGGAUAGCAGAGACGGGGAUUAGUGGCGGUGUGGACAGGAGGGAGGCCCAGCGCCUCCGCAGGCGGAACCAGCAGUUGGAGGAAGAGAACAAUCUCUUGCGGCUAAAGGUGGACAUCCUACUGGACAUGCUGUCCGAGACCACCGCCGAGUCCCACUUAAUGGAGAAAGAAUUGAAGGAGCUGAAGAGCGUCAGCCGCAGGAGGAAAUGAGCCCCUGAAGAUACUCGUUAGGAGAAAAGGACAUUUGUUAGGAGAAAGUCCACCGACCAGAGGAGUGGGGAUGUGGCUGAGGGUUUUUUUGUAGCCGAACUAGGGGAUUAGGUACUGGGAGAGAGGUAUAAUGGGGUGAAAGGCCCCCCUCAGGUUGGCAGCAGGAAGGUACAACAUUGCUGGCAGAAACCAGGACCCCAGGCCAGGGCGGUGAGCAGGAAUGAGCCCUGGCGUACUGCCGGUAGUCACUUCACGUACGAAUGUGCCUCCCCAGGUUCUCCUCGCCGGACUGAUGCAGCUGGCUGAAGCAGCUGGACUUCAUUGCCUCACCGCUCAUUGCUGGUAUUUGGGGUGUGG